CAGCUGAUUUAGUUUUCGCGCCGAUUGUUUUGUUUUGCGGGGGUUGUUUUUGUGUGAUUUUUCUUCGUGCGCUUUUCCUGCUGGCUUUUCCCACAAUGGUGGAUGAUUUUCUACCCUUCCACAAGGCCAUUGUGAUGGUCAUGAUGGGUCGCGGGAUAAUGGAAAAGGAUGAUUUUAUUGAUAAUUUUGACGAACUCAAAGAUCACUAUAUUGAGCAUCCGGCUGUUGUGGAUGCAGAAGUGGAGCCAACCCUUGAGAAGAUCAAUGAGAAAUUAGCAAAUUAUGACUUUGCAAUUUCCCUGACAAAGUACGAAUAUUCCGGAGAGGAAUUUUAUGUCUUUGUCUCAACGACACAAUCCCCGGAGAAUCGAUUCCAGAAUGUCUACACACACGAGGAGAUUCAGUUCUUCCCUGCACUCAUCAAGGAGAUAAUUACAACGGAGGAAGCCAACAUUAGUCCCAUUGACGUCCUCAAUUUGUCAUCAAAACUCGAGACUCCCAUCACAAAGGGACGCGCCGAAGAGCUCCUUGAGGAGUGGACUGAUGUAGGAUACUUCCAUCGGAUUGACGACAUGAUUUUCUUAGGGCCGAGGAUGCUUGUGGAGUUCAAUGGAUACCUGGCUGUUCACUUUGCGGAUUACAUCCAAAUGUGCUUCAUUUGCAAGAAUACCGUCUACAAGGCCCUGUCAUGCUCUGCAUCAUCCUGCUCCGUCGUCACUCAUUCAUCCUGCAUCAACAGAUACCACGAAAACUUCCCCAAUAUGUGUCCCUCAUGCAAAGGCAAAUGGGUGGCUUGAAUAAUGCCCCAAAUUCUUUGGAAGAAAAAAAAAUUAAUUCUCACUUGAGAAUCUCUUCCCACCGGCUGUUCUUCCCCGAUUCCACCAAUGCGUUGAUUCAACAUUCCCACUUUUUUUGCUUUCUACUUGUUUGUAAAUUCUUUUUCCCACUAUUCGUCAUCAUUUGCGGUUUCUCGUGUGAUGGAGGUUCAUCAAAUUCAAUCAUUUAGUGUUAAUUUUAAUUCAUUUUAAUUGAUGUUAUUGAUAAAGAAAAAAUAUAAAUUAAUUAAAUAAAUAAAUGAAGUACA